UUCAUUGAUCUUUUUCUUGGUCGUUCGUCGUUCAUUCUCUGUCAAAUUAAAUUCAAUUAACAGAUGGUAGUGGCGUAAGACGGGUUUUUCUUACGGUAAAUUAUACCGCCAUAAUUACACGUUUCGAGGAAAGUGAAAGUUUAUUUUUAACCUGGUAAACGUAAAAAGUUAAUCAUGUCCGAGUCUCGGAAAAAUCAUCUUAUUAUAGAAGGGAAUCAAGGACGGGAAGCUGAACAUGGCGCUACUUACAAGCCCAUCCCUGAGAAUGAUACAGACUUUCGCAAGUCGAAGACGAGCCUGUCUAAGUCUAAGGAAAAGGUGUCUGCGGAAGAAGAGAAGCUGCUUAGCAAGGAAGAGGAAGCUAAGAUCGUCACCCGCGUUGACAUGGCCGAUGCCCGGUACGUGGUCGAGGACCAUAGGAACGGAGAUGCCAACAUCGAGCUCGACGCUAAUAAGAGGCAAUUCACGGGCCUGACAAAGGAGGAGCUGAUGAAGUACGCAGAGGACCCGUUCUGGGUUCGCUUGCGUUGGUUCAUGUUCAUCUUGUUCUGGUCGCUGUGGCUGUGCAUGCUGGCCGCCGCCAUCGCUAUUAUUUUGCAAGCGCCCAAGUGCGCUCCACCACCGCCUAAAACCUGGUACGAAAAAGGUCCACUAGUGGACAUGUCCGCUGUGGAGAGUUUUGAAGAGCUGGAGGCAGAACUGCCGCAGCUGAAGAGCAACCAGGUGCAAGGCAUCUUCACUUACGUCUGCAAGGAUACUUACGAAGUGCUGGAGGAACCCAGCUGUCUCCAGAAGUUCAAAGAUUUUGUCACCAAAGCGAAGGAUUACGGCAUAAAGGUGAUCGUGGACCUGACGGCUAACUCUGUGGGCACGAACCACUCGUGGUUUGCUCUGAGUGAGAACCGCAGCGCCGGCUACGAGCAGUACUUCCUGUGGGCGGACGGCGCAGGCUUCGGGGAGGAUCACACACUUAACCCACCAAACAACUGGAUAUCAAAACAGGACGAGUCGGCGUGGUCAUACAGCGAGCGGCGCAAGCAGUUCUACCUCCACCAGCUGUCGAGGGAACAGGCAGACCUCAACUUCACCAACCCCGAGGUGGUGCGCCGCUUUGAUGACGUCCUCAAGCUGUGGAUGCAGGCCGGCGCUUACGGCGUCAGAUUGAUGGAUGCCCGAUACUUAGUGGUGAACUCUUCGCUGGCGGAGGAGCAGCCGGAGCGCAGUGGUGCGGCGCUCGGCGCGACACACUCCCAGCACGCGUACUGGCAGCACCGGCACUCGCGCGACCAGCCCGCACUCCUCCCCCUGCUGCAGCACUGGGCACACCUUGUAGACCACGCCCCGCCCAACACCGGCAUAGGUGAGACAGUGUUCACGUUGUCGGAGAUGACCCGGCCCGAGCUGUUCCUGCUGCGUGCCAACGUGUCGGGCGCGCUGCGUCCCGCCAGCGCCGCCCCGCUCCCCGCCGCGCGCCCCGCGGACCUCGCCGCCGCGCUCAACACGCGCCUGCCCUACUGGCCCGCCCUACAGGUGGAGGAUGGUGAGGAGAGUGAGGUGUGGAUGUUGUCAGCGCUGCUGCCCGCCGCCCCCGUGCUCGCCAGUAGCCAGCUGCUCGCCCAUAACGACACAGAGAUCGUGUCAUGGGAGCGCGUGUGGUCGCUGCGCGGUGACGCGAGCGUGGAGCACGGCCGCUACAGCGUGGCCGCUGUGCCUGACCAGGACGGACAAUAUAACCUCAUUGCAUGCGCCAGAUGGAAGGCGGGUCACACGGGUUAUGUAGCGGUAUACAACGCGGGUGAGACGGCGCACGCCAACCUCACCGCGCCCGCACCCGCACUCUCAGCCCUGCCCGCCCGCCUCGCCGUGCACCAUGUCUCGCACGCCGCAGCGCUGCAGACUAACUACACUGUGAACAUGGAGGUGGAGGCGGCCUCAGUGCUGGUGCCGGCAAAGUCUGCGCUGCUGCUCUCCUUCGUACCCAACGCUGCUGUAGAGGAAUAACCCCCCGCUCCCCCUGCAGCGACCGCCGCGCCCCCCGCGACAGCACCGCCCUCGUAGCGAAAUAUUCGCUUGCCGCCGCCAAAUACGUGCGGUUUUAAUUUAGCAUUUUUUAAUUUAAUGUGAAGCUUAAUAAAUAUUGCAGUUUGA